AUACAGACUAGUCCAAGAAAAGCUGCUGCAGUUGGAGAACAUGUUUCGUCUGAAUUUCUCAGUUCUUCUGUGUGCGGUUUGGCUUGGACUGCUCUGUCUCACAGGGGCUGUGGAAAACCAAGAUGAAUCAAGGGAAAAAAGGAGCGUGCCAAACUGGGCCAUGACAUCUUCAGACUUUUUCGGCUGGAUUGAAGAGCUCCGUUCUCAUGCCGGUUAUGACAAGAUGGAGGAAUUGGCCAGAACCUUCUGGGCUCACUUUCCUUCUGCCAGCCGACUGGGUUACGACCCUCCGGCUCCAGAAGAAUAACGCCAUCUGAGUCUGAAUCUGUGUUAUUUGCCCCUUUCAUCAUGGCAUGGCUUGUGGAAAAAGAGACAAACAGUCUUAAUCAUUUAGCUAGACUUGAUUUGAUCCAGGACUAGAUUCCCUGAGAGAGGUUCAAUUUAUUUUUUGAUUUUUUUGGGAGGUUAAACGUUACGUAAAACAUGUUGUGUAACAGCAUCCAGAAUCCAGUAAAAGCGCUCAUUUCACAAA